AUGUACUGCCGGUCCUCUCUCGAAGGAAAGAAGACUUUCCAAGAAUGGUUCAUCAACGAGUAUGGCCGUGAACGAGCACAAGAAGGAUUUGCCGAAUUGUCAAAACCACCUGACGGAAAGAAAUCCUCGACAAGCAAGGAAACAUACCUCUACCUAGCAGCGGUUGAAUUUGGCAUUUCGGAGCAAGCGAUGCGCGAAUACUUCAGAUUUGCCGUUGAAUCUGAUCUAUGUGCGCCACCUCGAGCCGGCCCUGCCCUGAAACGUCGCCGCGAAGAGCCUUUGGCUGAGUGGAACAAUCGUCGUCACGAAUCCAUCUUGAAUGGUAGCAAGAUUCCCGACAUCGACUGGCGUGUUGUUCGCGCCAUCGCGUCUUCAGAAAUGGAACUUGGCAUCGAGAUCAUGGAAGAGUGGCGCUUCGAUCUCGAAGUAUUCAUACAAAUGCUAGAGCUCUACUCCCCAUCAACCAUUAUCGAUGCAAAUCUGGAUACGACACCUGAGGACAAACUCGGGCCCUACCAUGCAGAGCUCGCAUUUCAGUCCCAGAUCUUCAUCAUGACGAUAUCUCACAUGACUUGGUUCUCUCUCGCGCUGACAUUCACCACUCUGAAAGAGAAGAAACUUUCUAGCACCAGCGCAAUCCAGGAUGCAUACAAAACCGACCGUGUCGUCUUAUGGCGUCUGGUGUUAUGUCUUUGUUUUGUGUCGUACCUUUGCAGCGAGCGUUGGCACAGACUCGCUGAGAUGAUUGCAUACCGGGAACUCAGCAAGCUCGAGCCUGUGGUCGAAUGCAAAAGCCAGCUUUUCGAUACGCCGUUCGGGCAAAAACUUAUCAAGUACGCAAAAUCACGGGACGCUACCUUCCAGGGCCCCGAAUUUGUCCAUGCGAUCACGUAUAUGGAUGCUAAAAGGCUCAAAUUGGUUCCACGAAACAAGGCAACCGAUUGGUCGUACGCCUGCACUGUCGUGCGCUCCAUCGGAAACACCUGGCGCCAAAAGGCGGUCGACAAGACGCCGAUCAGAUAUUGGCUGACGAUGAUGAGCAUGGUCAACACUGACGAGCACUCACCCAAACUGGCAGCGGUCAUCAAGGAAGCGGAACGACUUCGAGCUGACUACGCGGAGGUCGGAAUUGAGACACCCACCAAAGAUAUUGCACGACUGCUCUUGUUUGACGAAGCGUGGAAGCAGAUCGAUAAGAUCCUUUGGAGGGUUGGCCGGGGGCUGGAGCGAGUGCGUGAAAUCGAGCCCCGAGGGGCCGAGCACACUCUUUACCUGUCGAAUCCAGAAAGUCCGGGUCGAGUCAGCCCGCUGAGGGUGACAUUUUUCCCGAUGUACCGGGAGGGCCUUGCGAAAUUCAAAGCACUUGGUAAAUCACCGCCUCCGUCAUGGGGCCAACCUCGCGCACUCCCCCCCAAAUCCAACUGGACAGAAUAUCUUGAUGACCAGUUCGACUUCGAUUUAGACCCCCAUCUUGACCCCGGCGCUGAGAUGUGGAUGACAUCAGACCCCGACACUGCGCCAGAAGAGCAGGCCGACGUGGGGGUGGGGGCGGAAACAGAGACGCAAGCAGUGACCGAACAGGAUGUGUUCUCCACAAGCUCGCUGUCGUGGGCUGACGAAGUUGAAGAGGAGUUCUUUAGUUCCCCAAUCGAGCAAACAAUGCACGACAGUCUGGACUCGACUCUCAUGGACUGGGAUGACGCUCUGCCUGAUUACCUGCCAAGAAAGUUCAGUAUCGGUAAAAAGAACUUCAAGAUAUUUUUACGAGUGUUCACUUUCAAGUCGAGUGAGCAACCCGAUGCAACCCAAGCGAUGAAAACCGUCCGAUGGUCAGACUUUGAGAAGGCAAUGAAACGUAUUGGAUUCGGCGUGUCUCAAUCGCCAAUUGGACUAGCCGUUAGGUUUGACCCACCUGCCAAAAUGGCGCGUUCUGUCGUUUUCCAUCGGCCCUACCUCAAUUCAUUCAUAACACCGCUCGAUCUCAGACGCAUUGUUUACUGCUUGGGGGCAUGUUACAGAUGGAAAGCGAGUGUCUUCGUACGAGCAGCAACUGAGGAUUAA